CUAUUCAUAAGAUAAUGUGCUGAGGCGAUCUAUGCAAACUGUAAACGCCCCUAACAGCGUCUUAAAAAGCAUCACUACUCAGGUGAGCAGCCUCUUCAGAUGGUCCUGGACAGUGAGGAAGAGUUCACUUUUUCCUCGGAAGAAGAACACGACUCUGACGAUGAACGUCUGCAUUUUGAAGAGCGACUUGAUCCAGCUGAAGAUACAGUUUCUGAUGAAAAUGUGGAUCCAUCACUCUCGCAUUCACCUGAAAUUCUCACUAAGAGGGCACGCAGCAACACAGGCGAUAAUGAGAAAGAAAAUGUGGAUCCAUCACUCUCACAUUCACCUGCAAUUCCCACUAAGAGGGCACCCAGCAACACAGGCGAUAAUGAGAAAGAAAAUGUGGAUCCAUCACUCUCGCAUUCACCUGAAAUUCUCACUAAGAGGGCACGCAGCAACACAGGCGAUAAUGAGAAAGAAAAUGUGGAUCCAUCACUCUCACAUUCACCUGCAAUUCCCACUAAGAGGGCACCCAGCAACACAGGCGAUAAUGAGAAAGACUAUAGCCCUAAUGAGAGUGCUCCAAAACCCCUUGCAAAAAAGGCCAAGAAAAACAUUCAGACAAGCAACAGGCAUUCAGCUCUGUCAUGGAAAACAGAUAAUGACACUGACAUGGUUCCACAGACUCUGAGAUUCCUACCUGCACGGGAACCUGGACCACAGCUGCGUCCUGCUGAUGAACACACUCCUAAGAGUCUCUUCAAAAUGUUCAAAAUGCAAGGAAUAAUGCCACCGCUGGUCGUCGGAACUGCAUGCUUUGCAAAGUACAGCUUGGUAAAAGGCAAGACACACCUUGGAAAUGCCAGGCAUGUGACAUUUACUUGUGUCUUCAGUUGAAAAGGAACUGUUUUCAAAAAUGGCACACAGAUGUGUGACUGUUCAGAUUCUCUGUUCACCACCUCUCACUGACCAUUGGGCUGCAAAGAUUAUCUAUAUGUGAUCAAGCAGGUUAUGUAUAGGGUGUAAAAGUGGGCUUUUUUUAUAAACCUUACCUUUAUUUGCCUGUAUACACAAAAUGUGCCUUUGACCCUAGUUUAUAUGUGGAUUAUAUUGUUAACUUUAUUUUAAAUAAAAAAGAAAAAAAACAA